AUGAAUCCCGACGCAUUCCUUGCUCUUUGUAAUACGUUAAAACAGAAUGACUUCUUACAAAGUAGUCGAUAUGUGAAGAUAACGGAGCAGGUUGCUGUAUUUUGCCUCCUAAUGGCACACAAUUGGACACAAAGGGACGUGGCUGAUAGGCUCCAACGUUCAGCACAUACUGUCAGCGUAUACUACAGAAGGGCGUGUAAAGCCAUGUGUAGGUUGGGAAAGACCAUCAUACAACCGACUGAGACGCACAUGCCGCACCAAGUCGUCGCUCAAAAUGGCAACUACUACCCAUGGUUUACGGGUUGUAUUGGUGCUAUUGAUGGCACACACAUCGAUGCGAAGGUGAUCAAUGGGGAUGAAAACACAUACCAAGGCAGAAAACAUACAACCACUCAAAAUGUAAUGUGUGUGGCGGAUCUAGAUUUGAACUUCACUUAUGUAUAUGCUGGUUGGGAGGGGAGUGCGCACGACUCCCGCAUCUUCACUAUGUGUGUAAAUGAUCCAACGCUAUGCUUCCCAACACCAAAAGAUGGAUUCUUUUACCUAGUGGAUUCGGGAUAUGGAUGCUAUCGCGGGUUGCUACCUCCAUUUCGUCGUGAACGGUACCAUUUGCCCGAAUUUCAACAUGGGCAAGACAUACCCAAGAGUAUGCGGGAGCUCUUUAACUGUAGACACUCAGCUAUGGUCAGCGAUUGA